CUCAACAGCUACAUCUGGGACCCCCUCCCGCACACAGAGAAGGUUAAAGGGGAGUGACGUCCCCCCCCCUGCAGCUUCACAGCACGAGGCGGACGAGUCGCUCCCGGCUCCAGCAGGAGAACCAAAGUGACCUCGCCGGAAGUGGAGAAGAACUUUUUUUUAUCUUUAAAAGAACAACUAAAGAACGGAGAACAUCAUCAUCAGUUUAACUUUAGAUAGCAGCAUUAACAUCUUUUCUUCUUUUUCAUUUUUAAUAUAUUUUGAUUUGUGACAUGAGCUCAUAGGACAAACUGGAUCUGCAGACGGAUCCUACAGAACCACUGAAUGUCAGAAAUGUCUUCAAAUACAUGAGAUGGAAAGAACCAAUAAAUUAUGAGUGGAAAACA